AUGUACACGGAGUUUAGACGAGUGCAGGAAGUGGAAGAGGCGGCAGCCUCGGGCCAGAUCAGCUUUAUUGACCACACCUAUCGAACGUCGCCACAGUAUAUAGAAGAGACUGCCUCCUUUUGGGCGGCUGGAGCUGGCCAGAUGGAGGUAAUCAAGUACCUCCACGGGAUCGAUCACAUUGACGACACCCCGCUCUUUAGCGAAGGCACAAUGUUUCACGCAGCACUCGGUGGCCAUAUGGAGGUGUUGCUCUUCCUGCACAAUUGUCGAACGGAAGGAUGCACCUCCAACACCAUGGACCACGCAGCAAAGAUGGGUCAUCUGGACAUCGUGCAGUUCCUUCACGCGAAUCGCACAGAGGGGUGUACAGACGACGCCUUGGUCUUUGCGGCGCGGAGCUGCCAUCUUGACAUUGUCAAAUUCCUCUAUGACAAUCGAAGCGAAGGUUGUGUUUGGCGAGCAUAUGCCUAUGCGUGUGAUAGCUCUGACAAUCGUGAUGUCUGCGAAUAUCUCUCUGAACUUCCAUGUCGAGAGCAUUGUCCUCAUUGCCACAACAGCCAUGACAUGGAGCUCUUCUAUCAGUUCGUAGAUGAGAUGCACCGACUAGAUCAUCUACCGGAUUAA